UAUCGUUACAGGCGGGCAAGUAUGUCAACACUCAAUAGCUUUUUUAUUUAUUCUAUUUCCCAAUUAUCAGAUUAUGACAUUUUUAUUAAAUUUUGCACCUUGCUGGGAUCAGAUCUUUACUGAAGAAAAUGGAAUGAACCUUUUGCCUCACACACUUGGCACUUGUAAGAAGGUCAUAGUAUCUGAGGAUGACUGCACAAUCUUUGGUGGAGCCGCCGAUGAUAAUACCAUCGAGAACAGAACUAAGCAGCUGGGAUCUGCAACUGAGAAAAGCACGGGAUUGGCAGAAAUGUAUUGUCGUGCUGCUAUUAUGAAGGUAAAACUUAUUAUCUAAUUAUAUAUUGAAUACGUAAACGUGAUCAGUAUUUUGAUAGGAUAUUUCAUUUAGAUUGGUGGAAUGG